CCUACCAGUCUCUGUGUGAAUGCCCUGUGUUAGUCUUUGGCAGUUGUUGUCAAAUAUUGUGAAACUCACCAAACCAGUAGCACUGUGGACCCAGCAGGAUGUAUGCAAAUGGUUGAAGAAACACUGCCCUAAUCAGUAUCAAAUCUACAGUGAGUCAUUCAAACAGCAUGACAUAACUGGCCGUGCAUUGUUGAGGCUCACAGACAAAAAGCUCGAGCGGAUGGGGAUUGCGCAGGAGAGCUUACGGCAGCACAUUCUGCAGCAGGUCCUUCAGCUGAAAGUGAGGGAGGAGGUCCGAAACCUCCAGUUACUCACGCAAGCCUCUACAGAGAGUUCUCCCUAAACGUUACCAGCCUGUAAAGCUGCUGCCCUGCCACAUGAUACAGAAGUGAACUUUUCUUUCAUGAAAAAAUAAAUAAAUAGAUAAUACAGCGUAAGCAACAGCACUGCCGGAAAGAAGACAGCCACUGGAAAACUGGAGAAUUCAUCAUUAUGCUGGUCCAUCUCGUCAAGAGGAUAAACCCUGAGAAGUCUUGGUUUUCUUAUGGAAUUGAAACACGGUAUAUCAUGCAACAGUGCUCUCCAGCUAGCUAUUGAUGGAUCUUUUACACUGGAAAACUGAUUCCAGUUUUCAUCACUGUGCAUAAACUUUGUGUUCCCAUCAGGGGACUCUUGGUGACCUUCACCAAAAGUUCAUGGGGGCAUGUUUCAUUUAGUUUUUUAGCAUGGCAACUACUGGAUAAUAUUAUGUGUGAAG